AUGACUCCGUUAGAGAAAAUGCUCACUGAGCUGGGACCGAUCCGAACAGAUGGCAGUGAUAAGUUUUUUGGAAUGGAAAAUUUCGGAAACACAUGCUACUGUAACUCGAUUUUACAAUGUCUUUACUAUUCAGUCCCUUUCCGAGAUGCUGUUCUCAACUACCCCAAACGAACCCCGAUCGAGAGCCUAGAAGCAGCGCUGGCAAAGGCCCUCCGAUACCAAGAUCCGAAUGCGCGGCAGGAAGCUGAGGCGCUGGCAGAGAAGCAGAAAGCAGCCAAUUCUCCGCGGCCUGGGCAGCCUCCGAACCCGCAACAGAAGCCCGAAGACAAAGAUUCGCCAGAGUAUAAAAAGAAGAUUGCUUUGCAGACGCUUCCUCUCCUAGAGACGGCUAAUAAUGCCCCCAGCUACGGCAUAACGGAAUCACUAUUCAGUUCGUUGAAAGACAUUUUUGAAUCUGUCGUUGGGAGUCAAUCUCGAAUAGGGAUUAUCCGGCCGCAACAUUUCUUGGAAGUACUCCGCCGCGAGAAUGAGAUGUUUCGGACAGCCAUGCACCAAGACGCACAUGAAUUCCUUAAUCUUCUGCUUAAUGAGGUUGUUUCAAAUGUGGAAGAUGCAGCCAGUCGUCUUCCAUUAGAGAAGCCUACUCCUGCGAUCGAGAGCUCGGAAUCCCUCCAACCAUCGUCGAGUUCAGGCUCCAAAACACCCAACACUACUCGUUGGGUUCACGAAUUGUUUGAGGGUCUUUUGACUUCCGAGACACAGUGUCUCACAUGUGAAAAGGCGUCUCAACGUGACGAAGUAUUUCUGGAUUUAUCUGUGGAUUUGGAGCAACAUUCCUCGGUUACUUCAUGUUUAAGGAAAUUUUCGGCGGAGGAAAUGUUAUGUGAAAGAAACAAGUUUCACUGUGACAAUUGCGGGGGUCUGCAAGAAGCAGAGAAGAGGAUGAAGAUCAAACGGCUUCCCCGGAUAUUGGCUUUGCACCUCAAACGUUUCAAAUACACUGAAGAUCUGCAACGCCUCCAAAAGCUUUUCCAUCGAGUUGUUUACCCCUAUCAUCUUCGCCUUUUUAACACAACCGAUGACGCCGAAGAUCCCGAUCGUCUUUACGAACUAUACGCGGUGGUUGUCCACAUUGGUGGUGGUCCUUAUCAUGGUCACUAUGUUUCUAUCAUCAAGACUCAGGAUAGAGGGUGGCUGCUAUUUGACGAUGAAAUGGUAGAACCUGUGGAUAAGAACUAUGUUCGCAACUUCUUCGGUGACAAGCCCGGUUUAGCCUGCGCGUACGUGCUUUUCUACCAAGAGACAACCAUGGAGGCCGUGAUGAAGGAGCAGGAGCAGGAAAACAUGGAGCCUCCCGUCGAUUUAAAUGCUGCCCACAUGAAGCAAAAUGGCUUCGCCAAUUCUCCCGCUCUCGCUCACGUUCAUAGCGCCUCCCAGAUUCCAACAUACGAGGACCAUGACCGCUUCACGGGUCUGAAGCGAGCGCCAACUGCACCUCAGCUGUCUACACACUCUGAACAUACCGACGCAGAAAAUGUGCCUUCUGCUACUCCUUCUCAGCCCCCCAUUUCUUCGCUACCUCCCGUUCCGCCAAUUCCUGAAACACCCUCAAGUCCACUAGCAUCCCGAAAAAGUGACGCACAGUUAAAGAAACAACACGCCAAAGAAGAGAAGGAGCGAGAGAAAGAGCGCAAAGCGGCUGAGAAGGAGAAAGAAAAGCAACGGCGGAAAGAAAUUGAGACGAAAUAUAAGGAUAGACAACGGCGCGAAGACGACGAACUGAAGGCUGCUCUCGAGGCGAGCAAAGCUACGAAGGACGACGAGGAUCGGCGCAAUCAGACUGAGAAUGGGUCAUCUAGGAAAAAUUCCGGGGGCCUUGGUCGAUUCAGGAGCUUCAGCCACCGCUUAGGCAAAGACAAAGACCAUCGGUCUUCUUUACCGCCUAUUCCACCGUUGCCGAAUGGGGAUCAUUCCUCCAGCAAAGUCUCGAGCGAGCAAGGGCAUCCAGAACCCCUGGCCCAACCAUCACCACGGCCAGAGUCACAACCAAUGAAUGACCUUCUACACUCACCCCGGCCUGGGGCCACUCCGAGUUCGCCGCCUAAAGAGCAAGAACCUAUCAAAAAUCCGAAGCACGAACGCUCGGGCCACGGCAAAUGGCGAAGUUUCAGCCUUAGGAAGAAAUCGUUCAUUUCGUGA